UUCUGCAACGCGGGUGGGGGCAACGUGGCGCGGGUGUCCGGGGUCGCGGCUGCGGCUGGAGCGGCCUCCUGGCUGAGGAGGCUCCGGAUGGCAAGCCGGUCCUCUGCUUGAGCCCGCAUGAUCUCAAAGAAGCGACGGUCCUGGUCUUGCCGGAGCUCAAGCAGGGAUUGUUGGUGGCUCUGAUGGAGUGUGGCGAGGGACUGGAGGACUUCCGCCAGCUGGGAGGACUCUACGGGGCGAUUCUGUUCCAUCCUUUGACGGCAGGUGUUUCCUAAUAACGAUCCCGGGUUUCGGCACCAGUGUAGCACUCUUUAAAUGAUGGAGGACAGGAAACAGGUCUUCGGGGCACGACUUUACCAUGGACACUGUCCUUUUCAUCUGUAUCUUGUUCAUCAAUGCUGGGGCCAUACAAACAGUGCAAGGCCACACUACCGUUCUGCCUCACCUGACUGGCUGCUUUUCUCGAGAACUAAUUACUUUUCAUUGCCAGUGGGAGCCUGGAUCUCUCCAGAAUCUCACAGAACCUGGAGAUUUAAGACUUUUCUACAUGUUAGAAAAGGAUUCCAGGAAAAGCGAGAGAAAAUGGAGUGAAUGUCCAAAUUAUAGCUCGUCGAGGAAAAACGAGUGUUACUUCAAUUCCAGCAAUACCAUUAUAUGGUACCCUUAUGGGAUCCAACUACGUUCACGCUCUCUUGAUAUUGUGUACGAUGAAAUGUCCUUCAAUGUGGAAGACAUUGUGUUUCCAGACCCACCUGUGGGACUCAACUGGACUCUUUUGAGUAUGGGCUCAUCUGGGAUAAUCUGUGAUGUGGUUGUGAGCUGGGAGCCACCCCCCUCUGCAGCAGAGAAUGUGAAGACAGGAUGGAUAUUGUUGGUGUAUCAGACACAGUACAGAGAAAAGGGUUCAGAACAGUGGAACUCACUAGAGAAUGGUAAAGAAACACUUGCGUAUCUCUACGGUCUGCGCAGCAACACUGAAUAUGAGGUCAGAGUGAGAUCGAAAAUGAGAGGCUACAAAUUUGGUGACUUCAGUGACUCCAUCUUCUUACUCAUUCCUGACAAAGAAUCAAGAGUUCCCAUUACAGCUGUUCUUAUCUUUGCUGCUGUUGGUAUUGGGAUUAUCUUGAUGCUUGUUGUAGUUUCAUGUCAACAAAAACUAAUGGUGAUUUUACUUCCACCUGUCCCUGGACCAAAAAUCAAAGGGAUUGACCCAAUGCUUUUACAGAAAGGCAAACUGAGUAAAUUCACAUCAAUCUUAGGCACCCACACAGGCUUGCGUCCGGAACUGUAUAGCAAUGAUCCAUGGGUCGAGUUUAUAGAGGUGGACAUUGAGGAACCACACGAGUGUCAGGAGGAGCUCCUAAUUGCCAACUCUCCGGUCACUGACUCCCCGCAAAUGUCAAGUGGUUUCAGGGAUGAUGACUCUGGUCGGGCUAGCUGUUGUGACCCAGACCUGUCAGAUCAUGAUCAAACAGAGCUUCAUCACUUUUCAGUCAGUGAACAUGAUGGUUUCCUCCCUCUGUCUCGUGCUCCUUCUGGUACACCACAGCCUGUGGCUAUCGUUCCACAAGACAUGACCUGGACUAACAACCUAUACUCACAGGUCAGUGACGUUACGCAGCGUGGUGCAGUAAUACUCUCUCCCGAGGACCAAGGAAUACUUUGCAACACCACCUGUCAUAAUGAGGCUCUUAAAGAUAAUGAGAACAAUAAGAGGAAAGAACUCCAGCGGUUGGUGGUGUUCCCUGGUGAAAGAGACUACACCUCUGUGCUUGUUGCCAGUGUAAUCAGUGCCCAACACAGCCAACCUACAACAGACUAUUCUACCUUCACAGAACAAAGUCAAGAACAACACAGUGCAUUCAGAGAACUUAAAAACAUGAGCACUGAAACAGUCACUUCACCUCUGUCCACAGCAUUUCCCAUUCUUGCAAAGCCUACCAGUCCCGAGUACACCAUGGUGGAUGGGGUGGAUUGGAAAAACAGUCUCCUCUUGAAACCAAAUACACAAAUAGCCCCACAAGCAAAAGCAGUGCUAAAGACUUGGCCCACUCCUGAAGGAUACUUGACUCCUGAGUUACUAGAUAACCUUAACUAAAAGUGGAGUUUCUCAGAAUGUGUCACAGAUUAGGAAUAUGUUUGCUCAUUGUGAGAUAUCUGACACGGUUAGUCAACACCCUACACGAUGUGUGAUCCAUGAGGGCGUGUCAAAUAGUAGCUUGAAACAAUGCCAGUUGGGCCUCUCAAAUGGACAAGAAAAUGACACAAAUCUCUUGGCAAGCUAAUAAAUGGUUAUAUAUGGCUUGGAGUACAUUUUAUUCUCCUGAUGCUGCUUCCAUAAUAACAUGCACAUUGUUUACUGUUUUAAAACGAUAACAGUUUAGAUUUCAUGCAGCCACUUAAGAGAUAUGCCUAAAAGCUUCAUUGGUAUGAUUUGGCUUCUUAUAUUAACCAUAAUAUGGAAUUAUAUAAUCUAUACCAUUGGAAAAUAUGUUUCCCUCGAACUAACCAUUAUGUCUGUGUAAAAGUCAAAAUGCUGUCAAAUAAAUACUGUCAUCUUCUUAUCAUGACAAGCCAUGACCACUUAGUGAUGUGUUUGCGCCAUGGUUCAUUGUUGUGUAACAUACAUUGUAUGAAAUGGGACGUUAUAAGCUAUAAUGUGUCUUUAUAAUGUACAAGACUUUUCUAAAUAAACGGCAGCGAUGAACUCUGAAAUACUUGGUUUG